GAUAAAGGAAGCGCUAGAACUGUGCUGUGAAGACAAUAACUAUUGGGUCCAUUAUUACAGGGAGGAAUAUGGAUUUCUGAACCGUUGAUGAAGCAUCGCCCUCUGACGAAGCCGACUCCGAUUUAAGUCUGAGACCGGUAACAUCAACAUUUACAUUUACAUUUACAUUUAAGUCAUUUAGCAGACGCUCUUAUCCAGAGCGACUUACAUCAACAGUGAGGACAAACCCAGCCUGCCUCUCUCCUUCCACACUGAGUCCAAACCUACAGUCACUGGGUUCUGAUUGUGACAGUGGAGCCCAGUUUGCUCUGCAGGAUCCAGAGAUGGCAUCAGUGAAGCUGGAAGACUGCAGUCAAACACUGGAGCUGAAUGUCAACAUUAAAGAUGAAGAAGAGGAGAAAUCGGUUUCUCUUAGACAACUGGAAUUAAGUCUGAGGCCGGUAACAUCAACAGUGAGGACAAACCCAGCCCUCCUCUCUCCUUCCACACUGAGUCCAAACCUACAGUCACUGGGUCCUGAUUGUGACAGUGGAGCCCAGUUUGCUCUGCAGGAUCCAGAGAUGGCAUCAGUGAAGCUGGAAGACUGCAGUCAAACACUGGAGCUGAAUGUCAACAUUAAAGAUGAAGAAGAGGAGGAGAAGAUUGGGAAAUCUGUUUCUCAUGGACACCAUGUUGAGACAUUCUCGACAUCCAGAGAACAACAGCAGGAAGCUCACAGAGCUAAGAGGUCUCACCACUGUCCACAUUGUGAGGAGAAUUUUUCAAUUCCAUCCAAGCUAAAAUUACAUGUAAAAAUACACACAGGAGAGAAUCUGUAUUCCUGUACUGACUGUGGGAAGAGAGUCACAACAUCAAGGGCUCUGACAGUUCAUCAGAGAGUGCACAGAGGAGAGAAGCCUUAUUCCUGCUCUGACUGUGGGGCGAGUUUCUCUCAACUGGGCACCUUAAAAAGACAUGAACGUAUACACACAGGAGAGAAGCCUUACUCCUGCUCUGACUGUGGGGCGAGUUUCUCUCAACUGGGCGACUUAAAAACACAUGAACGUAUACAUACAGGAGAGAAGCCUUACUCCUGCUCUGACUGUGAAAAAUGCUUCAAAAGAUCAACUGCUCUAAAAGUUCACCAAAGAAAUCACACAGGAGAAAAGCCUUACUCCUGCUCUGACUGUGGAAAGAGUUUCUCUCAAAUGGGCGACUUAAAAACACAUGAACGUAUACAUACAGGAGAGAAGCCUUACUCCUGCUCUGACUGUGAAAAAUGCUUCAAAACAUCAACUGAGCAAAAAGUUCACCAGAGAACACACACAGGAGAGAAGCCUUACUCCUGCUCUGACUGUGGAAAGAGCUUCUCUCAACUGGGGGACUUAAAAACACAUGAACGUAUACAUACAGGAGUGAAGCCUUACUCCUGCUCUGACUGCGGAAAGAGCUUCUCUCAACUGGGCCACUUAAAAACACAUGAACGUAUACAUACAGGAGUGAAGCCUUAUUCCUGCUCUGACUGUGGAAAGAGUUUCUCUCAACUGGACAACUUAAAAAGACAUGAACGUAUACAUACAGGAGAGAAGCCUUACUCCUGCUCUGACUGUGGAAAGAGUUUCUCUAAACUGGACAACUUAAAAAGACAUGAACGUAUACACACAGGAGAGAAGCCUUAAUCCUGCUCUGAUUGUGGGGCGAGUUUCUCCCGAUUGGGCAAUGUAAAGACACACCACCGGAUACACACUUGACUGAAGCCUUAUCACUGCACUGACUGUGAGAAGAGAUUCUACAGAUUGGGCCAUUUAAAAAGACACCAAUGUAUACAUAAAGGAGAGAAGCCUCAUCAGCUCUCUCAGACCAGCUAAGAUUAGACACUCCACUUCAUUCUCAUGUCAUUAAAUAAUUGGCAACGUUGAAUUGGAUCAAAUGAAGUGUAGAACGCUCUAUUGUAAAAAACAAAAACAAACAAAAAACAUUAAGAACACCUGCUCUUUCCAUGACAGACUGACCAGGUGAACCCAGGUGGGCUAAGGAAUGAAAACACUGGACACUGAAAAUUGUAAAACUGUUGCCUGGUCUGAUGAAUCCCUGUUCCUGCUGUUUCAUGCUGAUGGGAGGACUGGGGUAUGGAGGAAACCACGAGGACAUACAUCCAGUGGUGGAAAAAGUACCUAACUGUCAGACUGAGUGAAAGUAAUGAAACCUUAAUAGAAAAUUACUCACGUGAAAGUGAGUUACUCAGUAAAAUACUACUUGAGUAAAAGUCUAAAAGUAUUUGGUUGUAAAUAUACUUAAGAAUCAAAAGUAAAAGUGUGAAUAAUUUCAAAAUCCUUAAAUUAAGCAAACCAGACUGUACAACUGUGUUGUUUUUUAUAUUACGGAUAGCCAGGGGCAGACUCCAACAUUCAGACAUAAUUUACAAACGAAGCAUUUGUGUUUAGUGAGUCUGCCAGAUCAGAGGCAGUGGGGAUGACCAGGGAUGUUGUCUUGAUAAGUGUGUGAAUUGGACCAUUUUCUGUCCUGCUUAUCAUUAAAAAAAAUGUAACAAGCACAUUUGGGUGUCAGGGAGUAAAACGUGCAUUAUUUUCUUUAGGAAUGUAGUGAAAUAAGUUGUCAAAUAUAAGUAGUCCAGUACAGAUACUACUAAAGUAGUUAUUUAAAUAAUUUUUACUUAAAUACUUUACACUGCCUGCAUCCAUGACUUGUGUCAGCAUUGCAGGCUGGUGGUGUGAUGGUUGGGGUGUGUUUUCAGGCCACACAUUGGGGGGGACUUGAUAAAAGUUGAGCAAUGUUUGAAUACCACAGGAUAUCUAAACAUCAUUGCCAAUCAGGUGCCUCCCUUCAUGGCAGCAGUGUAUCCAUCUGCAAAUAGAUUUCUUCAGCAGUAUUAUGCCACAUGGCUUGACAGGGAAUGGUUCCAAGAACAGCUCACUGAAUUCACUGUAAUUGUGCAUCUGUGGGAGGAGAUGGAAUGAGCUAUUCAGAGUAGAUCCACUCCCAGCCAACUUGACACAAUUGUGUGAAGCAUUGGAGUCAACAUGGACCAGCUUCCCUGUGAACCGCACACAACACCUUGGACAGUCCAUGUCCUGACGAUUGGAGACUGUUCUGAGGACAAAGGGGGGUGCAACUCUAUUAGGAAGGUGUUCCUGAUGUUUUGUACUCAGUGUAUAUCAGAUGAAGAUGGUGUGAUGAUCAGUUUUCAGCAUUAGUUUGGGUAGAUUAUUUUAUAUUGCUAAACAACUUUUGUUUAAUGAUAAAUGUAGAGCUUGUAUGUAUAUUAUGUAUUUUUAGUGUUUCCUGUUUGACCCCAGGAAGAGAAGCCGCUGGGGAUCCUAAUAAAAUACUAAAUGUAUCAGAUAUUGAUGACAUGUUGAUCAGUUUUCACCAUUAGUAAUGUAAUGAAUGUCUCAUUCAAUGUGUUUCUAUGGGAUAUAUAUAGUAGUAAAGGCCAAAUUCUGUAUUUUAUCAAAUCAUUUUUAAUCAUGUUUAUACCUAAUGUCCUGAAAUACAAAAUGAAUGAUCUAAACAAUCCAUGGUGCGACCUUCUUAAAACCAUCCCAUAUGUCAGCAUAGUAUUGUAAUGCAUUAUUAGUCUUUUCAUGGUGCCAACGUCCAGGGACAGCAUUACCACCACAAUCCAAUAAUGACCCAGUUACUAUUGGGGGAAUGGAACCAGAGAGGAAGCUUGUGUUUCCUUUCUCACACCACUACAGUAUUCAAUUCAACAGACCUUUUCCAUGACCCAUUGUUAGAGCUCAAUCUAUACCAAAGACUAUAUAGAGGGUCACUGUUAAUGGAGUGGUAGGCUUUAUGACUGUUAAUGGAGUGGUAGGCUUUAUGACUGUUAAUGGAGUGGUAGGCUUUAUGACUGUUAAUGGAG